UAGCUUGAUACUGCCUAGAUACGCAUAAGAAUUUUCAAGUUUAACUUCCUUACCAGGAAAUGAAAUAACAAAUUGGAUAAAAUGGCGACUGGAGGCAAUGGAUCAGACGAAUUUAUAAACUUUAAAUGUUGUAUAUGCGCUAAUAAAAAUAUAAUUAGAGAAGCAGAAAACUAUUGUGUAGAAUGUCAGGAUUAUUACUGUACUCCAUGCACGGACUUGCACAAAUUGUUUCCCUCUGCAAUGGGUGUUCACCAAUUCAUUGACAAAACAAAUUUCAGUACUACUGAUGUGCAGAGAGUACUUCCAAGCUUCCCAGUAGAAAGAUGUACAGUUCAUAAGAGUAAGCUGCUGGACAUGUAUUGUGCAGACCACGAUGAAAUUGUGUGUGCGACUUGCGUAGCUUUAAAGCACAGAACGUGCCAAAAUAUACACUCGGUUCCUGACGAAAUAGACAGUUUAUAUGAGAAGUCAACUGCUGAUGAAAUAAAGGGACAACUACUCGCAGAGAAGGCUAAUAUGGAAGACAUAAAGAAGGCAAGAGAACAUCUUGUCAUCGAGCUUGAUCAGUACAAAGUGAAAGCAGCAGAGUCAAUUAGGCAUUUCCGAAAAGAAAUGGAAGCUGUGCUAGACACACUUGAAAGCGAAUCAAUCAGAAACUUGGAAGAAGAACACAGGAAAAUGAGGACAAAAAUAGAAGACGAGAUCAAAGCUGCACAGGUGUACAUUGAUGAACUAAGACUGUCAGCGGAAAAGGUUAGCAAAUCCUUUGGAAAUAAAGCGCAAGAGUUUGUCUCUGUUAAAAUGGCAAAGAAACGUGUUUUUGAAACAACAAAAUCAGAAAGAGUUCUGAGAAAAGCUUUGGAUGUUAAAAUCUUAUUUACUGCCGAUUCAAAAAUUAAAGCUUUUCUGAAUGAGGAGAAAACAUUAGGAAUGGUCUCUGCAGGGUUAAAAACUACAUUGUAUGAAGUGAAAAGCAAGAAUGAAGUAAAUAUCAGAUAUGCAAAUGAUAGGACUAGGUGUAAUUUUUCUGGCUCAUGUUUCAUUGCGGAUGGUUUAUUAGUACUGGCUGACUCAAAAAACAACAACCUGAAACGUGUAGAUAUUUCUUCAGAAUCUGUCAAGGAUCAGCUAGUCCUGGAAGCUUCGCCUAAUGCUGUCUGUCAAACUGGUAAAGAUAAAAUUGCUGUAAACCUUCAAAACAAAUCUAUUCAAUUCGUAUCACUUGGAAACAAGAUGACAACAACAAAACAACUUAAGUUAGAUCAUAGUUGCUUUGGUCUUGCCUACAAGGAUGGUAAACUGUUUGUCUCAGACCGCAGUGCCUCACUCUAUAUUCAUGAUAUGGAUGGCUCUAUGCUACGCAAAAUUACAACCGACCAGCAAGGAAAUACCAUUUUCAGUGACAACCGACACAUCAGUCUCAGCAGUAAUGGAGAUAGGAUAUAUGUAGCUGAUGUUUACAAAGGUUUGGUUACCGUUGAUUUGCAGGGGGAUUAUGAAUCAACAUGUAAUGAUCCCGAUUUAGUUCCACUAGAGGCAGUUUGUACCGAUGGUAGAGGAAAUAUAUUCACUUGUGGUUGGGGACAGUCCAAUAUUGUCCAAAUGAAUGAGAAGACAAAGAAGAAGUUGGGUAUAAUUGGAAAAGUUAAAGAUACUCAGUCAGCUUGUUUUGGCCCAGAGCAAAAACUACUAGUUGUUACUACGUAUCUAAGAGAUACUAUAGACAUAUAUGAACUAGUAUAAAU